AUGACAUCAGUGCUCAACACCAAUGCUUCACUGCCGUACAGCCAUGACUUAUUUGAAAGCCUUAUUGUAAAGAAAAGAAUAAAGCGGUGUUUGGUGGGAAAUGCAAAUGCAUUACCAUUUCUACGGAACAAGUCGCCACAUGUUCCAACCCCCAACUUGGAGGGCCAGGAGACUGUGUUCGUCAGACCUCUAACCAUUGACCAACCUGGUAUGAGAGACUCUGUGAGUGUCGCGGGACACUCUCCAGUAUAG